AUGACAGAUUUGAAAGUUAUUGGCGCGGGACUGGGUCGUACGGGAACUAAAUCCCUAAAGCAAGCACUUGUUCUCUUAGGAUUUGGACCCUGCCAUCAUAUGACAGAAGUACUCCCAGAUAAAGAGCAUUUGUGGCCAAUGUGGAAAGAGAUAUUCAGCAGCAGUGAGGACAAGAGUGAAAAACUGAAAGAAGCCUUCAAGGGUUAUGUGGCUACUACGGAUUACCCUGGAUGUUUAUUUUAUAAAGAGUUCCUUCGGUGGAAUCCCAAUGCUAAAGUGAUUCUUACUGUGCGAGAUAAUCCUGAGAAGUGGGUUGAAUCUGUUCGAGCAACUCUUUUUAGGUUCAAAUUUGAUGACAAUUCUGCUCGGCAGGAAUUUAGAAAAUCCUUUUAUGCUUUUCUGACAAAAGUUCAUGGUGCUGAUCCAAGAGAACAAGAAACUGAUCUGAGGAAGUUGUAUUUGGAUUGGAAUGAAGAGCUGAAAAGAAGUAUCAAGAAAGAAAAUUUGUUAGUUUUUAAUGUUAAAGAGGGUUGGGGUCCUCUAUGUAAGUUUUUAGGUGUUCCAGAGCCCGAGCAGCCAUUUCCUAAUUUGAAUUCCAAGGAGUCUUUCCAAAAAAAAUAUGCUGAGGUGCUUUUGGCAAAAAAAGAUUGAGCUUAAUUUCUGGGUCACAAAUAACAGUUUUCUACCAAACAUCCAUGAUCUGUAAGCUUGGGAAUCAUUGACAUCAUUAUCAUUAAUUUUUAUUUGAUAAGGUAAGUUAUAUAAUUAAACCCUGGUGAUCAGUUUGACAGUCCAGACCCAGGGGAGGGGGUAGUUCCUUAUUUGGGCUAAACAGGUAUGUGUCCACAUACAAGUUCUCCAAACUGAUCUCCAUAUAUUUCCUUAAAGAAUGAGUUGAGAGAAUUUGAUAAAAGAUCAAGGCAUUUUUUCUUGGGUGAUCACUUUAUUAAUUCUCAUAACUUAUCUGUUGACAGUGUAUGGAUAUUGUUAGGAGAAAACUGAUCUUGGUCACUAUUGGAACUUAAAGGGUUAACAUGGUAUGGUUUUCGGGGUCUUGUGUCUUAAACAGGUUAUGCAAUUUCACUGUUUAGAGUGUUUAGUUGUCCUCAGGACCAAAAGCCUUUAACAAAUGAGUGGUCUACAAGUGUGUUACCCACAAUUUGUUUCCAAAAAAUUAUGUCCAUGGUGUUAGUUUAAAAUAUAACUUAAUUCUGUAAGCAAAAAGAAAUCCAAGGUCAUGAAAUAAGCUCUCUUGUUUUUAACAGGGCCAGAAAUUAAAUGAUUUUUGUUUUAAACAGGGUCAAGGAGUGAAGGCCUCAGCAGCACACCUCUGCCCUAACUAGUUAAGUGCCCCCCAACCCCUUCCCCUUCUGGGAAUCCAAACCCAUGGAUAUGCUACUGUUAUUAUAUUCCAAAAACUUGCAUAAAUAGUGAAAUUGAAUUAGAAAAAUAAACAAAUAUAACUGGCACAACUUGUAAAAGAAGAAAAAGAAAAGAGAAAAAAGCCUUUAGAAGGCAAGAAGAUGUAUAGGUAGAGGCGCACACGUGCCAAAGGCUCGAACGGUCGGAGCUUAUCCCGGUUUCCUUAGCAUGACGCAUGCCUAGGAGUAUUGCUACUCCCCCCUGGACGGGAUGCUAGUCCGUUGCAGGUUUACCCCCCUAGCAGUAUGUCGCCGGUACCCAUUUAUACACCUGGGUGAAGAGAGACAAAAUGGAGUAAAGUUUCUUGUCUUAUCAAAAAAAAAGACAAGCAAGGCUUGAACCCCGGAACUCCAGAUCCGGAGUUCGAGUUGUCAACCGCUCGGUCACACACACCUCCGCAUGAAGGUGUAUAAGUGAGGAUAAUUCCUUUACACUGAAAGAAAAUGGAUCGUAGAACACAUUAUUUUUAUAACACAAAUUUAUAUGUAGAUCAUUGCACAUAUAAGGCAGUUCAAGUGUGGGAAAGUGCCCCAUCACACUUAAAGCCCCUUACUGAACCUGCUUUUAGAAAGCAAUAUAGAACAUUUCUUCUUUCCAAUCAGUAAUAGUAGAUGUCACAGUAUGCCCUCUGUUUAUUGUGCGUGGGCGCGUGAAUGAGUGCCCACGUCAAGCUAAGCUUCAGUGAGUAUAAUAUUUACUGUAGAUUAUGCUAAUAAUUUGCUCGUUAAUCUUAAUGAAUAUAAAUCUUGGCUUUUUCUGAUUAUAUUUCAAACACGGCAGUGGCCGUCUCGAAAGCCUCGGCUCCUUGGCCACUGUGCACAUUCUCUCUAGAUUUUCCAUUUAUUAAUAAUUGAAUAUUUGAAUAGUACAUUUUUGUAAGAAAAUUUUAUAUUCUUUAUAUGUAAGAUUAAUUCAUCUGAAUAGUGCAAAAGAAGAAGUUGAAAGAAAAAUUAAAACUACAACACUUAAUAACCAAAUUAUAUAUAUUCUGUUUGUGACGCGCGCGAUUUUCUGUCCCUGAAAAACAUGGCUACUGGCGUCCUAGCCGGAAGCAAGCGUCCCUUUAAGGUGAUGUUACACGAGACGAUUUUUAGCGCAACACAGGGUUACAACAUUGUUACGAUAUUGUUCCGAACAGUUACAACAUGGUUCCAACAUUGCAACGCUGCUUUGCGCUAAAAAUGGUCGUUGCGAAUCGUUCCGUGUAACAUCACCUUUAGUUUCAAUCGAUUCUGUUCCCCUUUAGCCAAACGGGAGACGCCCACGGUCACCUUAUACGUAAUUAUGCGCUCAAGCUUCUCUCACGCUUCUCUCGCUUGACAGACUAGUUUUCAGCCGUCGAGCAAAUCGGUGAAAAUGCAUUUGAACCUCUCCACGUCGGGGACAGAAUAAAGUAGCCGUAAAUCCUAACACGCCAUUUGGAUUGCGUUCUCGGGUACUUGCAUCGACAAGAUUGAUGUAGUAGAGGCUGUUCUUUGACAUUCAACAUUCACUAUGAAAUCCAAAAAAGAAAUCCCAAAGCCCGUGAAUCGAAGCCCAACAAGAGAAAAAUCAUGUGCGAUGAUUCCGAUUCUGAUCAGUGAACUGGAAAUAAUCCAACGUCUUUCUUUUUGAACAAAGACUUUGUAACUUUGGUUUACUUCAGCUUGAGUUUGUUUUCUGCUCAAAAUAGCUUUUAAUUUAACAAUUGGUUCACGAGUCAGCGUGCGUAUAUGUCGAGAUAUGAAGCACGCUGAAAGUUUACCGAGAGCACGAAAAAUGCGUGAGUUGCUCGAUGCGUAGCCAUCGGUCAGGGCACAGUUUCUCUCAUUACGGACCGACCUUUUUACUUCUUUGACUUUUUACUUUUAUUACAUAUCAAAAAUUCAUGAGAACAACCACAGCCUUUGGCUUAAAUGGCCUAAGGUCAGCAGAAAACGUGAAGGAUUUACAUGAAUAAAAGAAGGCUUUAACUAAAAUAAUUACAAUACCAAUCAAAAGAAAGGAAAGAGAGUCAGUUGAAGAGAACGUACAACUGAAAUAUAAACCAUAGUACACCUAGAGUAGUCCCACAAGAUAGUUAAUAUAAUACAAAACUGGUGACAAGAGACUUGAUUAAACUAUAAAAUUAAGGGAUAUAUAAUAAAUUCUAUAGCCUGAAAUACAAUGCUUAAAACUAACUAUGACUACUAAAUUUACAAACACUCGAUAAUAUAUUCCUUUAGAUCAUACAAAUACAAACACACCUAGUAUAGUCCCAAAAGGUAUACAAAAUUGGUGAUAAGAGACUUGAUUGAACUAUAAAAUUAAGGUAUAUAAGUCCUCUAGCCCUUCAACAAUAUUUUGCAUAGGCUAAUUCAAAUACUUAAGAAAUGCAGUCUUGAUUUUUUUUAAGUUACUGUUGUAAGGCUAUUGCGCACAGUUAACGGAAUAUCAUUCCAAAUAAUAGGAGCUUACCUAGACUUGCUCAGAAGUCGAGCUUUUGAGCGCGUAGCGCGACUGUGAGCGCGAAGCGCGAUCGUACGAGCGCGGAGCGCGAGCGAGCGAGCGCGAAGCGCGAGCGAGCGAAAUCCUACCACACCAGACCAGAAAACCAAGCGAACGACUUUGAGAAAGUCUAGAGCUUACCAAGUGAUAGCAAAUUGAUACUUAUGACAGGUCAAUUAUGCAGAUUAAAACAGCAAUAACACUAAGAGGAAGACCUGUUCAAUGAAAGAAGAAAUUCUGAUAAGUCCUCAAAGUGAUGAUGAGAUCAAGCAAAACUGACUACGACAGAAUGAGGUAUCAUUUUCCAAUGCAAAUAUGCAUAAAUGAACAGAGAAUCGAACAGAUUAAGGAAACGGUCUUCCUCGGUGUAGUCCUUGUAUAUUGAUGAACAUCUGUCUUGGAAACCGCACAUUUUUCAAGUAGCUCGUAAAAUCUCGAAAUCAAUAGGUGUCAUUAAUAGAGCAAGAUUUUUUCUACCUAAACCCUGUCUAAAAACUCUUUAUUACUGUUUAGUUUAUCCUUAUCUUCAUUAUUGUAUUAUUGUCUGGGGAUCUACGUACAAGACCAAUCUUCGCCGCCUUGUCUCCUUGCAAAAGCGAGGUAUCAGAAUUAUGUCUAAAUCAACUUUCGAUUCUCAUUCAGACCCUAUUUUCAAAGAAUUAGAGCUACUAAAACUUUCCGAUAUUGGACAACUAGAAUUGGGUAAACUUAUGUUUUCUCUUAACCAUUCUCUUUUGCCUUCAAAGUUCAACAAUUAUUUUUCUUUAAACAAACAAGUCCAUAGCUAUGCCACUAGACACGCGAACGAUUUUCACCUUCCUUUUUGUAGAACAAACCUUCGUAAAUUUUCUGUCAGUUUCCAAGAACCUACUUAUUAUAACUCUAUAGAAAAUGAUAUUAAAGAAUCUAAUUCUCUCCACUUAUUCAAAACGAAACAGAAAAAAAAUAUAUAUAUAUGAAUUAUUAGUUAUAGAUCUUGUAGUAAAUAGUUAAAUUUCUUCACGUCUGAUAUUAUUUUUAUACUUAUUGCUACAUGUACCAUACCUUAUAUUUUGUCAACUCAGUCUAUGUAAUUAGUUAAUUUAUACUUACCUUCAUUGUAUUUUACUUUCGAUCCUGGCUUUACUGUUACUGUUAACUUUAUUUUUACUCUGUGGGAGCCCAAUGUCUAUAAGCCUCAUGGUUUCUUUUUGGGCUUCCUCGCCACUUUCAUUUGCGUUUGUGUAACCGUCUUGUUUUAUCGUUAUUUGUAUUUUGUGGUAAAUCAGAUAAAGUUAAAUGUUAAUGACAAAUUAACUAACAAUAGACGAAUGUUUGACUGUGACAAUAGACGGAUCGAAACGCACCAAUUACUGAUCACGAGUCUUCAUAGCCAAUAACAUCACGGCUUAACUGACAGACGACCAAUAACAUCGCGACGUAAUUGACCAAUCAGAUCAAUAACCAGAGUAUAAUACCAUCAACUGACGUGAUACAACUCACUUUGACUCUGAAGAUGACUACCGCACAGGUUGUCGAAACGUCAGUCACUGUCAACAACAUCAGUCCUAUUCAGGACUUACAUUCACCCGGACGAUCAAACUCGACCUACUUCUGAAAUGACUCCUGGGUUCAAACCUUUCACAGUUCAUCAAAGUGUUUUGGUAGACUACGGACAUUAAUAUAAAGUGAGGAGAAUGUAUCAUAAGGAAGUGAUGGCAAUUUAUUAAUUGAAUUCCUAGAGGUAAGAUAAAGGCCGGUUUGAAAGUAAUUGUGAAUUUGCUGCGAAAAAGUUAGUGCCUGGAUCAAGGUUGGAAUUCAUUAACAAAUGAGACUUCUCAGGGUCAACAAAAAAGGGAUUAAAUUUCUUCUGUUUAAGUAGUUCAGCAUCAAAUUACCCUGCAAACUGAAAUCAUACAAUGCAAAGAAGAAAUCAAUAUCAUUGUCAAAAUGAUUAAAUGGAAAAAUACUGGCAAGACAUGAUGGACAGUACCAGUCGUGAUACUGGCCGGUGAAUAACAUAUAUGACACCGCAACGCAUACUGAGACGGAAAACUACUUAUCAAGAAGAAGAUUAUUUUUACGAAAAGUGAAGGCCUUUGCAAAAAAAAAAAAAGAAAUAAAUCGCACUCGCCAUAACGCAGCUUUAUAGCGCGCGCCAAUACAGUAAAAACACACUCGUCGGCUCCACUACUUGUGAAUGUAAAUGUUUUCGUCCGCUGAUUAAAUCUUACAGAACGAAUGCAAGCCGCUCAGUGUAAUUGGAGAAUUGUUAAGGACUGGAAGAAUUCGUUAUUUACUUUUUUGACUUUGUGCUAUUUUUCAGACAGGGAUGCCUUCAAUUCUCUAAUUCCAUAUCUGGGCAAAAACAUUUCCUUCCCUGUGAUUGGACGGCUGAAAAACCCAGCAUGGUUCCUGGGAUGCCGAGUUCCAUUAUACUGAACCGAGUCUUGGGGGAGUGAUUGAUUUGGAAACACCACCCUACCCAUUUUUUUGCUGCUUACUGACUAACUAGUGUUUUUUGAGGCUGUUUACUGACUAAUACAUACACGAAAAAAUUACUCAAUUCUGAUUGGCUGAGAAAGGAGUGCAGUUCCUCUGUAACACGAGUGCAAACUGUGUAACACGAGUGCAAACUUGUAACACGACUGCAAAUUACAAAUGGUCUCUAAUUGGCUGAAAACACAAAAGAAACGACCAAGAACCAAUCAGAUUAAAGCUGAUUUAACGACAAAUUUAAGAAAAAAUGGCCACGGUUCUCAGCAAACAACGAUAUUUUGUAAUCAAAACAACAAUAGAAAAGUUAAAAAAAUAUUCCAAAAACCUGAACACAGUAAAAAGUACGUCUUUCUGGCUAAAUGUAUUGAAAAUUCGGUGCUAAGAGAAAAAUACAGUCAACAAAAUCGAGGAAAAUGAGCCAGAGAAACUAAAUUUCUAAGCUACUUAUAAUAACACAGGGAGCCCAGAAUCACAACAGCCUACUGAAAACCAAUUUAUAAGGAUUUGCAUGGAAAUUUAUCUUAAGAUCGAUAAAACGGUUAAAAUGUACAAAAACAGCUAUUAAAGUAUACAUACGUCAUCAAAAGUUGUGUCUUUGUUGUUUUCGUACUGUUUCCUGCCCUAAAUACACUUGUAUUUGGUGAGAAACCAAAACAUUAAAACUUGCUAAAAUGGCGUUUAUAGGGCAGGAAACAGUAAGAAAACAACGAGGACACAACCUUUUAUGACAUAUGCAUACUUUAAUAGCUGUUUUUCUACAUUUUAACCGUUUUAUCGAUCUUAAGAUAAAUUUCCAUACAAAUCCUUAUAAUUUGGCUUCCAGUAGGCUGUUGUGAUUCUGGGCUCCCUGUGUUAUUAUAAGUAGCUUACAAAUUUAGUUUCUCUGGCUCAUUUUCCUCGAUUUUGUUGACUGUAUUUUUCUCUUAGCACCGAAUUUUCGAUAUAUUUAUCCAGAAAGACGUACUUUUUACUGUGUUCAGGUUUUUGGAAUAUUUUUUUAACUUUUCUUCUGUUGUUUUGCUUACAAAUUAUCGUCACGGUUUGCUGAGAACCGUAGCCAUUUUUUCUUAAAUUUGUUGUUAAAACAGCUCUAAUCUGAUUGGUUCUUGGUCGUUUCUUUUGUGUUUUCAGCCAAUCAGAGACCAUUUGUAGUUUGCACUCGUGUUACAAGUUUGCACUCGUGUUACACAGUUUGUACUCGUGUUACAGAGGAACUGCACUCCUUUCUCAGCCAAUCAGAAUUGAGUAAUUUUUUUCGUGUAUAUUAUUGGUCGGUAAACAGCUCAAAAAACACUAGUUAGUAAGUAAGCAGCAAAAAAAAAAAAAAACGUUUAGUCGGUUAAUUAGCAUGGUUACCGUAAAUGAUCUAAUAAACGCCCGGGGCGUUUAUUUAAUUUUAGGGGUCCAAGAGGGGGCGUUUAAUAGAUGGGAGGCGUUUAAAAGGGAGAGGCGUUUAUUCUCGUAACCUAUUUUAACGAACUCAACAUAACUGUAUACAGCAGGGGCGGAUCCAGGACAUUUUUUAGGAGGGGGUGCACUCGUCUCUUGCUCUACUUCAACACCAAUAAACCACAUAGUUUUUUUUUUUGCAGAAUACCAGUUGUAUUAGAAAACCGCAGGUCAUCUCGGGGGGGGUGCGCACCUCUGCACCCUCCCCCUAGAUCCGCCCCUGUACAGUAUGCUUUCAGCUAAAAAUGUUUUUGUGUUAACAGAAUCUCGACUGCGGGCCUGACGGCUUAUUUAGAAAUUGAACAUGACAUAAUGCACAAAAACUGAUGUUAAUCAAGCAAGUAAAAUUAAUAAAUUGAUUGAUUUCUAUUUUGCCAUUUCCUAGUAUUUGGGGGCAAUUUUUAAGGGGGGCGUUUAUUAGACAGGGGACGUCGUUUAUUAGAAAGGGGCGUUUAAUACUAACUUAACAGCGUAAGGGGGGCGUUUAUUAGAUAAGAGACGUUUAUUUGAGAGUGGGCAUUUAUUAGAUCGUUUACGGUAUGUGUCCCACAGACGUAAAAAUCGUUUGUAGGGUGGUGUUUCCAAAUCAAUCACUCCCCCAAGACUGGGUUCAGUAUAAUGGAAAGCACCCCAGGAACCAUGCUGGGCUUUUCAGCCGUCCAAUCACAGGGAAGGAAAUAUUUUUGCCCAAAUAUGGAAUGAAAGAAUUGAAGGUAUCCCUGUCUAAAAAGUAGCACAAAAUAAAAAAAAUAAAUAACGAAUUCUUCCAGUCCUUAACAAUUCUCCAAUUACACUGAGUGGCUUGCAUUCGUUCUGUAAGAUUUAAUCAAAGCUGCCUGAUGGCGUGUACGAUUUAUUUCUUUUUUUUUUGCAACGACUUUCACUUUUCGUGAAAAUAAUCUUCUUCUCGAUAAGUAGUUUUCCGUCUCAGUGUGCGUUGCGGUGUCAUAUAUGUUAUUUGACAAUGAUAUUGAUUUCUUCUUGGGAUGGUAUGAUUUCAGUUUGCAAGGUAAUUUGAUGCUGAACUACUUAAACAGAAGAAAUUUAAUCCUUUUUUUGUUGACCCUAAGAAGUCUCAUUUGUUAAUGAAUUCCAACCUUGAUCCAGGCACUUACUUUUUCACAGCAAAUUCACAAUUACUUUCAAACCGGCCCUUAUUGUACCUCUACGGAAUUUAAUAAAUUGCCAUUCCUACUGAUACAUUCUCCUCACUUCAUAUUUAUGUCCGUAGUCUACCAAAACACUUUGAUGACUUAUCAGAAUUUCUUCUUACAUUGAACAGGUCUUCCUCUGUUAUUGCUGUUUUGAUCCGAAUAAUUGACCUGCCAUGCUAACAAAAAGUCUUUGUUCAAAAAGAAAGAACUUGGAUUAUUUCCAGUUCACUGAUCAGAAUCGGAAUCAUCCCUUAUUAAGAUUCUUCUCUUCUUGGGCUUCGAUUCACGGGCUUUGGGCUUUCUUUUUUGGAUUUCAUGGUGAAUUUUGAAUGUGAAAGAACAGCCUCUACUACAUCAAUCUUGCCGAUGCAAGUACCCGAGAAGGCAAUCCAAAUCAGACCAAAUGGCUUGUUACGAUUUAAGGCCAUUUUAUUCUGUUCCCGAGGUGGAGAGGUUCAAAUGCAUUUUUACCGAUUUGCUCGAAAAUGCCCUAUUCUGACGGCUGAAAACUGGUCUGUCAGCAGCAAUUAUGCUGGCUUAAGCUUACUCUAGCCCAGCGCCUGCUCAACGGUCGUUUAAUUUCCGUUUUAGCCAAGCGAGAGGAGCGUAAGAGAAGCUUGAGAACAUAAGGACGUAUAAGGUGACCGUGGGCGUCUCCCGUUUGGCUAAAGGGGAACAGAAUCGACUGAAACUAAAGGUGAUGUUACACGGGACGAUUCGCAACGACCAUUUUUAGCGCAAAGCAGCGUUGCAAUGUUGGAACAAUGUUGUAACUGUUCGGAACAAUAUCGUAACAAUGUUGUAACCCUGUGUUGCGCUAAAAAUCGUCUCGUGUAACAUCAUCUUAAAGGGAACACCAGUAGCAAUGUUUUUUAGGGACAGAAAAUCGCGUGCGUCACAAACAGAAUAUAUAAAAUUUGGCUAUUAAGUGUUGCAGUUUUAAUUUUUCUUUCAACUUCAACUUCAACUUUAUUUUGCACUGUUCAGAUGAAUUAAUCUUACAUAUAAAGAAUAUAAAAUUUUCUUACAAAAAUGUACUAUUCAAAUAUUCAAUUAUUAAUAAAUGGAAAAUCUAGAGAGGACGUGCACAGUGGCCAAAGGAGCCGAGGCUUUCGAGACGGUCACUGUCGUGUUUGAAAUAUAAUCAGAAAAAGCCAAGAUUUGUAUUCAUUAAGAUUAAAGAGCACAUUAUUAGCAUAAUCUACCGUAAAUAUUACACUCACUGAAGCAUAGCUAGACCUGGGCCCUCAUUCACGCGCCCACGCACAAUAAACAGAGGGCACACUGUGACAUCUAUUGUUACUGAUUGGAAAGAAGAAAUGUUUUAUAUUGCUUUCUAAAAGCAGGUUCAGUAAGGGACUUCAAGUGUGAUGGGACACUUUCCCACACUUAAACUGCCUUAUAUAUCUGCAAUGAUCUACAUAUAAAUUUGUAUUAUAAAAAUAAUGUGUUUUACAAGCCAUUUUUUUCCAAUGUAAAGGAAUUAGCCUCACUUAUACACUUUUAUGCGGAGGCGUGCGUGGCCGAGCGGCUGACACCUCGAACUUUAGAUCUGGAGGUCCGGGGUUCAAGCCUCGCCCGUCGUGUUUUUUCCUUAGACAAGAACCUUUACUCCACUUUGUCUCUAUAGAUGGGUACCGGCGACAUACUGCUGGGGGCUAACCCUGUAACGGACUAGCAUCCCGGCUAGGGGGGAGUAGCGAUACUCCUUAGGCAUGCCUCAUGCUAAGGAAACCGGGAUAAACUCCGGCCGUUUGGGCCUUUGGCACGUGUGCGUCUUUACCUAUACAUCUUCAUGCCUUCUAAAGGCUUUUUUCUCUCUUUUCUUUUUCUUCUUUUACAAGUUGUGCCAGUUCUAUUUGUUUAUUUUUCUAAUCCAAUUUCAUUAGUUAUGCAAGUUUUUGGAAUAUAAUAACAGUAGCAUAUCCAUGGGUCUGGAUUCCCAGAAGGGGGAGGAGGUGAGGGGCACUUAACUAGUUAGGGUAGAGGUGAGCUGCUGAGGCCUUCAAACCUUGACCCUGUUUAAAACAAAAAUCAUUCAAUUUCUGGCCCUGUUAAAAACAAGAGAGCUUAUUUCAUGACCUUGGAUUUCUUUUUGCUUACAGAAUUAAGUUAUAUUUUAAACUAACACCAUGGAAAUAAUUUUUUGGAAACAAAUUGUUGCUAUUUUUUGUAGACCACUCAUUUGUCGAGGGCUUUUGGUCCUGAGGACAACUAGACACUCUAAACAAUGAAAUUGCAUAACCUGUAGACACAAGACACAAGACCCUGAAGACCAUACCAUGUUAAUCACACACACCUGUUUAGCCCAGAUAAGGGAGUAUCCCCUCUCCUGGGUCUGGACUGUCAAAUUGAUCAUCAGGGUUCAAGUUGCCUUACAUUAUAUAACUUACCUUAUCAAAUAAAAUGAUAAUGAUGUCAAUGAUUCCCAAGCUUACAGCUCAUGGAUAUUUGGUAGAAAACUGUUAUUUGUGAACCAGAAAUUAAGCUCAAUCUUUUUUUGCCAAAAGCCCCUCAACAUAUUUUUUUUGGAAAAACUCCCUGGAAUUCAAAUUAGGAAAUGGCUGCUUGGGCUCUGGAACACCUAAAAACUUACAUAGAGGACCCCAACCCUCUUUAACAUUAAAAACUAACAAAUUUUCUUUCUUGAUACUUCUUUUCAGCUCUUCAUUCCAAUCCAAAUACAACUUCCUCACAUCAGUUUCUUGUUCUCUUGGAUCAGCUCCAUAAACUUUUGUCAGAAAGAGAACAAGUGCUUGCUGCAGGGAUUUAGUUCCCGUAUGACCCAGUCCCACGCCAAUAACUUUCAAAUCUGUCAUGAUCUGAAAACAAGAAAAUCUCUUUAGCUCAUCAGUGCACAUUCCUUAAAAUUUUUGGUCAACUGAAAGUAAACAUUAGACAAGAAAAUAUUGAAUUUGAAAUAAAAUAAUACACUGGAGUCAAACUUGCAUCUUCGACCCACCGUCCAAAAUACCAAAUUGAUUGUAAUGUGCAACAAAAUUGUGGCUACAUGUCCUGGCUGGGUUGUUCAAAGUUAAACUUAAAGGUAAGUGCAAACUUUGAUUUUAUAUAUGAAAGCUUAAAAAAGAUGCAAAUUCAGUUUUAUUCCUCUUGUCUACUUAACAGAGAAAACUAUCUGCAAAAGUGCUUUUGAAGAAAAGAAAAAGAAAUCCGGAUUAAAAUUUAAUCCUGGGUUAGUGCUAAUCAGUCUUCAAACAACUGGGAUCAGGAGUGCAACUCUAAAUGGGUGGCAGGCACCCAUACAAGACUGAACCACCCACAAUCACCUGUGCGAAUCCAUGUCCUUUGUAUCAUUUGCGACAUCAUCAGAUUUCUUAUCAUAAGUGUGUACAUGCCGCUAUUGUCCCUCUAUUUGCCCCUGUUCCAGAAAGAGGGAGGUCGAUGGAGUUGUACAUAACCUUUCAGAGUUGUCAAUCGAUAUGACUGAUAAUCAGUAGUAUAUUUAGUUAAAAUGAAAGGAUUCGUUAUGAGCAAAUUGAUAAUCUUUAUUUUUUCCAUCAAUGCUACCUACAUUUUUUAGCUUUGAUAGGUUCAGAGAUGAUUGUGCAAAAAGAGAAGAGAUGCGUACUCCAGGUGAGACAGGAUUCUGGGGUGGAGGGGCAGGGGGGGAGCCUCAAAGAAGUUCUAUAUGGGGAGGCUUGGCCAGAGGUUCAAUUCCUUAAUUCCUUACCCUUUAUACCUUCAAAAUGUCAUACUAUGCUCCUGUUUGUAUACUUGUGAAAAGUGAUACUGCAGUUGAUGGAUUUGGUUUAAAUUGUCUAGCCUGGGACCAGGCUCCACACUGGGGUAAUAAGACAAAAAAAAAACAAAAUCGGUGAGCGAAGCAAACAGAGUGGGAGUCAGGAAAAGGGUAAGGGUAACAGAGGCUCCACCGCCCUUUCCCCCUCCCCAGUACACUGCUUGGCUCGCCUUUUUCCCCACUGUGGAGCCUUUUCCCAUGCUAAAUAUUCCCUACUUGAUUACUCAAUAAAUUAUUAAACGGCACUGGCAAAGAUCAUGAAUUGAGACUUAGCAUAUAUGGCUGACAGCUAAAUAGUUCUUGUGGAACAAAGAGGUAGAUUGAAGUUGUUUGGCAGGUUUUUUGCGAUAGUUCUGUAGCUCUUUUUAAGCCAUUUUAAAUACCAUUUGGAACUGGAAAUCAACAAAAACAUCUGGAGUUCAAUUUUUCUUUAAAAGCUCUUUUUUUUCACACGAGAACUAGUAUACGUGCACAUAAACAUGUCUUCUAAUACUUCAAAUGGUUAUACUGCUGAAAAUCAAGAGGAGAGACUUUUUUAAACAAGACAGCAUUCCUAUUUUGGUGUCACGCACUGUUAAAACUGAAAACUCGGAAGUUCAAGUUGCUGUAUUUUCAAAAUGAAACAUGCCAUGGGAAUGGAAACUUGUACAAAGAUUUAUUUUUUGUCUAUCUUCAAUCUAGUGUAAAUGAGAAUUCGUAAAACCUUGCUAUUUUGACUUUACAAUUUCAUGACCUCACUAUGAAAACCAUCUGUAGGUUAUUCCUUCUUUUAGUUAUUAUGCUUUAAAUAAUCUUGAAUAAAGCCGCUGCUUAUAUGUAUAUCUUAAAUUAAAACAAAUACAAUUUUGUUGAUGUAUGUUAAUGAGUUUGAAACAAAGGAAAAUAUAAUUUCAACCAAGGAUAAAAUUGAGCCAUAAAGCCCCAUGCAAACGGACGCUGAACAUUGUUGGCCAACAACUCCCAAUAUUGUUGGAUGUUACAUGGGUUGGUACACCCUGCUGCAUGUUGUUGUUGGUUGUUGGGAGUUCUUGUAUCCAUUUGCACACCAUCACCAACAUGGACACAACAACUCCCAACCUUGUUGGUGUCCGUUUGCUUGAAGAUUACAUGUAACAUAAUGCACGGUGAGAAGCAGAUGAUAAGAAUUUUUGGCUCAUCUGAGCGAAAUGCACAGAUUGUGAGCAGAUAUUUCCUUCUUUAUUUAUUUACUAAUUAAGUCUUCACUUAGACUACAAGUAAUCCCCAUAUUUCUUCAGAUAUGGUGGAGCGAGCGAAACGCGAGCGCGCGUGAAAAUCACCUCACGCGAAAAAAGCGGGACACAGAUCCUUGAGGAAAAAAUGAAGACUACUCGUAGUCUAGUCUUCACUCUUAACAGACUGCUUUAAAAGAUUACAGUAAUGAAAAAACCAUAACAUAAAAUUGCUAAUCAAUAUGUAUAAAGUCAGAUUACACAGGGAUUGCCCAAAUGAACAUGGCGAAGUAGAUGCUAUAAUUUCUGGUGGGAGAUUGUUCCACUGUGCAAUUGUAGGGUAAAAAGAGUUCUUGUAAUAAUCACAUGUACAACAUCGAUGUACUCAGGACACAAGAAAAGCCCAACAGAAGUAGUCAAAGUGAAUAAAUCCAUCCGGCCGCGCGGGGCGACACAGCAAGCUGGUAUUCAACAUGAUCAGUCACUCUGUUUGUAUCAGGCCUCAGAUUAAUUACCAAGAGAACUGAAAGAUAUUAAACAAAGUGUAAUAUUACAAAACAACUCACCAGUUUCAAAUGAUUCUCAAGUGUCUUUGAGUCAGCUGUGUGCGAACACGGCAAACGAGGAAAAUAUGAGCAAACGGACGCGAACAGGAGUCUGACGCAAUGCUCCCCCACCCCCAUAUUGCGUGACUUCAGCCCCAACGCCCGUCCCAGAGCAAAGCGCGAACUGCCGAGUACGGGUGUCUAUAUAAAUGCAAAAUUUGCAAUAAAUUCACACUGUAGUUAUAAGAAAAAUUUAGCCAUAAAGUCACUUUGUAUAUUCUACAAACCGAGAAUUUAGCCAUUAAUUAACGGCUUAAUAUUUUCCUUCUUAUAGAAAUUAUUUAGCCAUUAAUUAACGGCUAAACAUUUCCUGUAUAAAUGAAAGUAAGGUUAAACUUAGCCAUCAAUUAACGGCUAAACAUUUCCUAUAUAUAAGGAGAAGGUUAAACUUAGCCAUUAUUUAACGGCUAAAUAAUUCCACGAUAGGUUAGAGAGAAGGUCAAACUUAGCCGCUAAUUAACGGCUAAAUAAUUCCU